AUGUCAAAUGAGAUCUCUGCUCUGUUGAACAAGCUGAACCCGCGCGCGGGCGUCCAGAGUGGGUCUGCUGCCGAGACAGCCGACAGCAAGCCGGCCCGGAGCGGGACCACAGCUGACGGGAGCAAGAUCACGGACGUGGACGAGGCGGUGCGGUAUAUCAAAACAGUCGUUGCCCGGGACGAGAAUGCGAUUGCGCGGAUCCGACGGAUGAAGAACAAUCAAGCUGAGCAUGAGGCGCAAUGGUAUCAGCGGAGACUCGAGCUUCUGGAGAAACAUAAGGCGCGCCGGGAGGGCCGCAAGAAGUUGGCUGAAAUGCUGCAGCGGAUAGGCGGUGAUGCCUCAACGGCACCAUCAGAGGCAAGUGACUAUGAGAUCACUUCAGGGGACCGGAGUACUGACACUGACUAUGAAUUCUACAGGAGGCGGAUCUGGAAGCAGAACAAGCCGAUCUGCGAGUUUACGAUCAAAAAGUUUACAAUGCACAGAUGGCGAUGCUCAAAUCGUUAUCUCUGGAGUUGGGUGAUCUAG